UGAGCGAGUGGUCAGUCGUUCAGAGUUUUUGCAACAGCUCGGUAGGCAACACAACGCAACAUUGUAGAUCCCCUCAAUAGCGAACGUUUCGUAGAUCAGUGAACCGAAGAAGAAGAUCAUCAAACGCACAGACGCGCUGGUCCAGCCAAACCUACAUAGCGAAUUCAAAUACAUAUAAUAUGUGCAUAUUUCAAUACCCUGGCAUAUUGAAUAUAUGCUAAUGUUUGUACACUGAUUUGUACGAGUGAAAACGCGUUUGACGUCGGGACGCCGUAGAAGUGCCUAUUUGUGUUAAAAAUAAAGAAAAAUAUCACCGCCAAAGAAAAAUCAUUAAGGUCGUGACAAAGAAACAUAUACAUACUGAAAUAAGUAAAAAUUUUGCGUAUUGUGAAAAAGAGUCGCGGAAAAAUAUUAUUUUGACUUUCAAGGGGCAUUUUCAUGCCUUGGCGACGUCAGCAGACAAAUUAUGCGAAUUCGCGAAAAAACAUCCAUUCGAAAUUAUUACAAAAAUAGUUGAGUAUCAAAAAUCGUUAAGGCAAAAAGAGAAAUUACGUUGAAGGUGCUGCGUAUUUUGACAAUACUUUUAAUUAAGGUUAUUUCAUUAAUUGUCUCAAAUAUAUAUUUGGGAGUGUAAAGUGUCUUUUCUUGCGCACCUUGUAUGGUCAGAGUUAUGAAAGUGCCACCGUAUACACUGCAGCAGCCACCCUAUCGCAACAACAAAAGAUCAUUCAACGCACUCAAUACCCGUCAUAAUAAAUUCGAGAUCGUCGUUUUGGCGAAGGAUCGCAACCUGAAGUCGUUAUUGAAGAAAUUGCAAAUCUAUUUUAUGUUUAAUAAUUUAUGUAAACGAAAAUCAUACGAAUUUGAACAGCAAUUAACAAUAUUAUUGGCAUUGAAAUCACUGAAGACUCACUCCAUUAGCCAUUUGCGAAAGAAAUUGUGUUAGUGAAAUUAUAAUUGGUUGAAAAGUGCCAUUGUUUAUACAGUUUACUCCUUCCUUAAGUGCAGUAAUUUUAGUGGAUACUUUCGGCACAAAAGUACAGCGGAACUGGUAGUUCACCCUUCGACAAAGUUUUCUUGCUCGUAACCAAUCGAAGUCACGAAGAGGACUAAUUAAAUUUGAAAAUGGUUGGGGUAGCAGCAGGCGCGAGUGAGCAUAGUAUGUCGUCGACGAAGAAUCCCAUGAUCAAGUACAUGUUGAAAACACGUGAGAAUCAUGCGCGUAAUCAGAAACACGACUACUCGCACGUCUUUCGGGUCAAGACGCGUUUCGAAAUGUUUCGGCUGGCCGUUAUUGCGAUGGCCAUUGAGUUUGCCUAUGCUGCCGAAACUUCGUUUGUGUCGCCGAUUUUGUUGCAAAUUGGCAUCGACCACAAGCUGAUGACAAUGGCUUGGGGUGUUUCGCCAAUCAUCGGAUUUUUCAUUUCACCUCUGUUGGGAUCGAUAAGCGAUCGUUGCACCCUCAACUGGGGUAGAAGACGACCGAUCAUUACUUUCCUAUCGGUGGGUAUAUUACUUGGUUUGAUUUUGGUGCCAUAUGGUCAGGAUCUUGGGAUAUUACUGGGUGACAUCGGCUACAACAUCACAACAGCUGAAAAUUCAAGUACUACAAAUGAUGGCUUAGCGGAGGCUUUGAUAUCGUCUGAUGUAGCUGAAGGUCCUUUGCCUUCGAAUUUCAAAUUUGCUGCCAUAUUGACAAUCCUCGGCAUGGUAUUGUUGGACUUGAAUGCGGACACGUGUCAAACCCCGGCCCGUACUUACAUGCUGGACGUGUGUAUACCUGAGGAUCAAGCACGUGGCCUUACCACCUUCUCUCUGCUGGCGGGUUUCGGUGGCACUAUCGGUUAUGCUAUAGGUGGUGUUGACUGGGAGAAGACGCAAUUUGGCGUUGCUUUGGGCGGUAAUAUUCCCACUGUUUUUGGCAUGGUCACCAUAAUAUUCAUCAUUUGCUUUUUCAUUACGAUCACCACUUUCCGCGAAAUCCCACUCAAGCUUAUAGAAAGAGAUGAAAUGUUAAAACCGCUUUCAGCGGCAGCAAUUAAGAAGGAACUAUGCAAAAAGAACAACGAUGUCUAUUACAUUAAAGAGACUGAUGCGUUGGAGCUUCAAAAGGUCCCAGUGGAAGAAAAGUAUGAUGCCCCAGUGGAAAGUUACCAAAAUGGCUACUCCCCGUCCUUGGCAAUCACAGAUAAAUCAAAUGGCCCAUCUCAGUCCACCACAGCCACCAACAAUAACACCAUGGCCAUUGAAAUGGACGAAUGCGUGGACACGCCUAUCACUUUGGCAAAGUAUUUAAAGAGUAUUUUUGUGAUGCCGAAAUCAAUGCGGAUUCUAGCAUUAACUAACUUACUAUGCUGGAUGGGCCAUGUGACAUAUUGUUUGUAUUUUACCGAUUUUGUUGGUGAAGCUGUGUUUAAUGGUGACCCAACUGCGAUGCCCGGUACGGAAUCUGCUCAGUUAUACGAGUCGGGAAUACGUUUUGGUUGUUGGGGCAUGUCUGUGUACGCUCUAUCUUGUUCGAUUUACUCAAUCUCAGUAACGAAACUGCGGAAGUUGUUAGGCACCAAAGUUGUCUAUAUUGCUGGCAUUUCGUACUACGGUAUCGGUAUGCUGAUAUUGGCGAUUUGGCCGACAAAGUGGGGUGUAAUUGUGUUUAGCACAUCGGCUGGCAUAUUGUAUGGCACGAUUUUCACAAUCCCCUACAUACUGGUGGCCAAUUAUCAUGCUAAGGAUUGUUUCCGCAUGCAUAACGGAGAGUCGGUUCCCCUCAAACAAGCCCGUGGUUUGGGCACCGAUGUGGCCAUUAUAAGCAGUAUGGUGUUCAUAGCGCAGCUGAUAAUCUCAUUGUCAAUAGGUCCGUUGAUAUCCUGGAUGCAAACGACGUGUGCCAUAUUAUAUGCAUCCACAUUUCUAGCAUUUUUCGCAGCAAUAUCCGCCAUGUUUGUUUUAUACGUAUAA